AUGCGAGGGUUAACUACCAAAUUACAGUGCUUGUGUUGUAGCUCCACCAAUAAAAUACUUCAUUUUCGAUUGUCAAGUAAAUUUGCGACGCUUGCUAAAUCCAAGCGUAAGAAGGAGCAGUUGGAAGGACAAGAAGCCAGCUCGCUUAGAUCGCUAUUUGGUGAAAUAACUGACAUUUUAGGGGCUGCAAAUGUCGCUGCGGACAGUACCUUAAUUGGGUUUUUUAAUUCAAAGGAGACCCAUGUUGGGGUCGGUGAGGCUUUGGAGAAGAGCACACCUUGUAUGCCUAGUGUUUGUAGGGAUGCUAAGGUUGAUGUAGUGGAAGUAAAGGAAGAUGUAGCUUUUGUGGAGGAAACAAGUGUGGCUGAGACUGAUGUGAGCCCGGUAGUUCAUGAGGUUACGAAGAUUGUCAGGGCACAAAGUGGUUUGGUUUCAAUGGAGGAGCGGUUGGAGAAGUUGGCUUUCCAGUUAGAUGUGGAAAUUGUUGACAAAGUUUUGAAGAGGUGCUUUAAAGUGCCGCAUUUGGCUCUGAGGUUCUUCGAUUGGGUGAAGCUGAGAGAAGGGUUCUGUCACACAACUAAGAUUUAUAAUACUGUGCUCUGUAUAGCUGGGGAUGCGAAAGAGUUUGGGCUGGUGGAGAAGUUGGUGGAGGAGAUGGAAAGGAACUCGUGCAAGAAAGAUGUUAGGACUUGGACUAUUCUUAUCCAGAUGUAUGGGAAGGCUAAGUUAAUUGGAGAAGCCUUGUUAGUCUACGAAAAUUUGAAGAAAGGUGGUUUUGAACCGGACGCAGUGGUUUACAGAACGAUGAUACACACACUGUGUGCUGCUGGAAAAGCUGACAUUGCGAUGGAAUUUUACAAGGAAAUGGUACAGAAGGACUUUGGGCUUGAUAUCAAUAUGUAUAAACUAUUACUGAAUAGCAUAGCUAGGCUUGAAGAUACUGCUGCUGCUGUGGGCUUGGUUUCAGAUGACAUGAUGAGAUUCUCAAAUAUUCCUCAACAUGUGGUUUAUGGUUGUAUCCUGAAGUCUUACUGCGUGUCUGGUAGAAUCAGAGAAGCUUUGGAAUAUAUUCGUGAGCUCAAGAAUAAAGAGGUUAUGCUUCUCCCUGAGUAUUUUGAGACUUUAGUGAAAGGAUUGUGCAGGGCUGAUAGAAUUGGGGAUGCUUUGGAGAUUUUGGAUAUUAUGAAGAGAAAAGAAUUUGUUGAUGGAAAUUUGUACGGGAUUAUCAUCAAUGGGUACUUGAGAAAGAAAGAUGUUUCUCGAGCACUUGAUCUGUUCCAUAGUAUGAAUGAUUCUGGAUAUUUGCCUGCUACUUCUACCUACACCGAACUGAUGCAGCACCUCUUCAAUGUGAAUGAAUACCAAAAAGGGUGUGAGCUCUUUGAUGACAUGCUUGAAAGAGGAGUUGAGCCAGAUAGUGUGGCAAUCACGGCCAUGGUUGCAGGCCACGUCCGCCAAAAUCAUAUAUCUGAAGCAUGGAAAGUACUUAACGAUAUGACAGACAAAGGCAUUAAGCCCACUUCAAAGUCAUAUAUGGUAUUUAUCAAGGAGCUUUGUAAAAUUUCAAGGACAGAUGAGAUUCUCAAGGUAUUGGUAUAUAUGCAAGCAGCUGAUGUGCGGAUUCGAGACGACAUAUUCACAUGGGUUAUACAUCUUAUGGAGAUAAAGGGAGAGACGGACAGCGUUGCAAAAGUAAAGCAGAUGCAAGGGCUUUAUAAAUUUCAGCCUCAUGAUGGAGAGAUAUCAAGCAAUGAUGCAUCUACAGGAGAGAGGAUCAAGAAUGUGUUGGAGUUGGUACCAAAGAAGAUGGAUCCCUUAUUGAAUUCUGAUGCUUAUGAUGAAAAAGAUUUGCAAGAAAUUUGUAAAAUUAUGUCCUCUUCAACUGAGUGGUGCUUAAUUCAGGAAGCUUUGGAGAAGUCUGCUGUUGUUUUCAGUCCAGGACUUGUUCUGGCAGUUUUAAGGAGUCUCAGUGCUCAUGGUUUGGUAGCAUUGCAUUUUUUCUCAUGGGUAGGAAAGCAAUCCGGGUAUUGCCACACUACUGAUACAUACAAUAUGGCUAUCAAAAUUGCAGGACGGGGGAAAGAUUUCAAGCACAUGAGGAACCUUUUCUAUGAAAUGAGGAGAAACAGUUUCCCGUUAACAGAAAAUACAUGGACAAUUAUGAUAAUGCAAUACGGUCGAACAGGUCUCACAGAGAUUGCUCUUCAGUUUUUCAAAGAGAUGAAAAGUAAUUGCAACCCAACUGGCAGUACCUACAAGCAUUUGAUCAUAUCUCUUUGUGGUAGAAAAGGUCGAAAGGUAGAUGAAGCAAUUAAAAUAUUCCAGGAGAUGAUCCGAGCUGCACAUAUACCUGACAAAGAGUUAGUUGAGACCUACAUUGGUUGUUUAUGUGAAGUUGGUAAGCUGUCAGAUGCCAGGAGAUGCAUAGAAUCUCUUUCCAAAGUUGGUUUUACAACUGCUCUUAGUCAUUCCUUGUACGUUAGGGCUCUUUGUCGGGCUGGGAGAUUGCAAGAAGCUUCUGCAAUGAUGGAUGAUAUUGGGGAAGAGCGAUCCACAUUGGAUCGGUAUACAUAUGGGAGCUUUGUUCAUGGACUUCUGCGGAGUGGACAAAUAGAAGAAGCACUUGCCAAGGUGGAGUCUAUGAAGCAGGCGGGCAUGAAGCCAACUGUCCAUGUUUAUACGUCCUUUAUAGUUCAUUUCAUGAAGGAGAAACAGAUCAAAAAGGCAUUGGAUGUUCUCAAUGAAAUGCAACAGGAAGGAUGUGAACCAACGGUUGUUACUUAUUCCGCCCUCAUUCGAGGGUAUGUGAACAUGGAGAUGAUUGCUGAAGCUUGGGGUGUCUUUGAAAACAUGAAACUGAAAGGGCCAUUGCCGGAUUUCAAAACUUAUUCAAUGUUCCUGCACUGUCUUUGUAAGGUUGGGAAAUCAGAAGAAGCCAUGCAGCUUAUAUCUGAAAUGUUCAACAGCGGGAUUGCUCCCAGUGUUGUCAAUUUUCGAACGGUAUCUUAUGGACUUAACCGAGAAGGUAAGCAUGAUUUGGCUCGCUCUGUUAUGGAACAAAAAUCAUCUUUCAUUAGAAAACGCAAGUUCUUAAUAUAAUUUCCAGCUAUGUUUGUACAUCUUAGUACAAUAUCUCAGUUUCUUAUCAGUGUGGUUCAAGCUUUCACAUCGAUUUUACUUAGAAACAAGAAAGUACCUACAUUAGAGUUGAUUAUGAAAA